AAAGUCAAACUCAGUUUAUAUAUUUGAAAAUUCAUUGAUUGCUUGGGAAACAAGUUUUUCAAGUUUUCCUCUCUCUCUCUCAUCAAGUCUUCAGAAACAACAAAUACUUUGAUGGCGUGAACUGAGAGGUCAUCCUCUGAAUGGGAGAGAGAGAAACCUGUUUGGCUGAUACACACAACACCAACACCAACAACAACAAUAAAAAACAUAACAUCACUGCCAGCCGGUCGUCGUCAUCGACAACGGAAUUGAUUGACAAUUGAUUUGAAAAUAAUGACAACUAUAUAGCAAUGCCGACAACAGAAAGUAAAACAGCAAAUAGAGUGAAGAAUUCAAAGACGAAAUCACAGACGACGUCGGACACCAAAAAGUUGUCCAAUGAUGACGACCGCCGUCUGAUUGAUGAAGACAUUGCUUGGUAUUUGGCAUUUGCGACGAUCACAGUACUGGCAUUUGGAACCAGACUCUGGAAGAUAUCGGAACCAAAUCAUGUCUGUUGGGAUGAAACCCAUUUCGGCAAAAUGGGCAGUUGGUAUAUAAACCAUACCUUCUUUUUCGAUGUACAUCCACCUCUUGGAAAGAUGUUAAUAGGUUUAGCCGGUCAUCUAACUGGUUAUAACGGGACGUUUGCCUUCAACAAACCGGGCGACAAAUAUGAAGAUCACCCGUACGUCGGAAUGAGACUGUUUUGUGUUACAUUGGGUACACUUAUAAUACCCCAGUGUUUCAUAAUAGUCUGGCAACUGUCCCGAUCGUUGACCGCAUCGACAAUGGCCUCGCUAUUCAUAAUUUUCGACAUUGGAAUGAUAACACUAUCGCAAUACAUACUUUUGGAUCCGAUUCUGAUAUUUUUCAUCAUUAGUUCAGUAUUUGGUAGCGUUAUGUUUAUCACACAAAAUGAUAAACCAUUUUCAAAGAAAUGGUGGUUCUGGUUAUGUUGGACGGGUCUAUUUCUUGCCUGUUCAAUAAGCGUUAAAUUUGUUGGUCUUUUUGUUGUCGUAUUGAUUGGUUUACAAACUAUUGCCGAUUUGUGGCAAAUAUACGGCAAUCUCUCGAAUCCCUUAACUCUAAUUGUAAAACAUUUGUUGGCUCGAGUUCUGUGUCUGAUUAUAAUACCUAUUAUCCUAUAUAUGACAUUCUUCUGGAUUCAUCUGAAAGUGUUAUACAAAUCUGGAAACGGCGACGGCUUCUUCAGUUCAGCCUUUCAGUCACAACUUGAAGGUAACUCCUUAUACAACGCAUCGAUGCCCCGAUAUAUCGCCUACGGAGCGAUCGUUACUUUAAAGAAUCAUCGGACUGGUGGUGGAUAUUUGCAUUCACAUUGGCACCUGUAUCCCGAAGGUAUCGGUGCUCGACAACAACAGGUGACUACCUAUUCGCAUAAAGAUGAAAAUAAUAAAUGGCGAAUCAACAAAUUCGACACAGAAGUGGAUCCAGAUGUCGGUGACAUUGAGUUUGUCAAAAAUGGUGAUCUAAUACGAUUAGAACAUUUGGUGACCACUCGCAAUCUGCACAGUCAUAAAGAGCCGGCACCGGUAACCAAAAAACACUUUCAGAUAACCUGUUACGGUGACAAUGGAACCGGUGAUGCCAACGAUGUGUUUCGCAUUGAGAUAGUGGGCGGUCGUGAGGGACAAAUAGUCGAAACGGUGACCAGUAAAGUAAAGGUUGUCCACUAUCUCAUGAACUGUGCUCUUCAUUCCCAUUCAAAACAAUUGCCAAAAUGGGGUUACGAACAGAUGGAGGUGUCGUGUACGCCGAACCUCUUGAAUGCCAACAUUAUCUGGAACUUUGAGGACAAUCAUUUUCCUCGUUUGCCGAAUGUUAGCUUUGAAGUGUAUGCGCCGUCGUUUUGGGAACGGUUUGUCGAAUCGCAUGCCGUUAUGUUUCAGGGAAACGCCGGUCUCAAACCCAAAGAAGGCGAAGUGACAUCUCGGCCGUGGCAGUGGCCAAUCAAUCUAAAAGGCCAAUUUUUUUCGGGCAAUGAAUAUCGUAUCUAUCUAUUGGGAAAUCCGAUUAUUUGGUGGUCAAACUUUCUAUUAUUGUUUGUCUACAGUGUUGUCCAGUUUACCGUUUGUGUUCGCCGCCAACGCGGCUGCCACGAAGCCGACGAUAUUGCUAAACAAAACACACGUCUGACUAAUGCUUCUGUUUGGCUAUUUAUCGGUUGGGCUCUGCACUACAUUCCCUUCUACUCCAUGGGUCGUGUCCUAUAUUUUCACCACUACUUUCCAGCCGCACUGUUCAGCUCAAUGUUAUCGGCUGUUAUAGUGGAUUACUUGUUCACAGUAUUACCUCAGCUAAUGAUACCGUCAUCAUUAUCAUCAUCACACAGCUUACUGGCCGCGAGUGUUCAUCAUUGGUUACACGGACUUCUUGUAUCGACAAUUGUCUACAGUUUUUAUUUGUUUUAUCCGUUGAGCUACGGUAUGUCAGGCACUCACUCGCAUGAAACCAAUAGCACAAUGUAUGGACUCAAAUGGUUAGACUCCUGGGAGUUCUGAGACUAUUAUCCGACAUAUAUUAUAUAAUGCAGUAUUUUUUUAUAUAUAUAUUGAGAUAUAAACACCUGUCCACUGACACA